AAAGAAAAUGAAACCCGUUGAGUUCCUUCAUUCCGUGGCAUCCAAAUCCAAAUCCAAACAAAAAACAUUCCCAUUCUCAACCAAGUUUUUGUUUUGUUUGUGUUUGUGAAUUCCCAUGUUGGCACACACUCUCUGUCUGUGCCACAUGGUGUUCCCCGUCGACCGGGUUUCUCCCACCGUUGUGUCUGUGUUCUAUGGCAACGCCACAGGCUUGUUCCAGCUGCGGAGGAACACACACCGAGUCGCCGCCCAACUUUCCAAAUCUUUUUCCUACAAUUUCGGAUUGGAUUCUCACUCUCAGAGCUUGAAUUCCAUUCAGUCCCAUGCUCCAUCAAGGUUGCCAUGGACAGGUCCAGUUCCUGGUGACAUUGCUGAAGUGGAGGCAUAUUGUAGGAUCUUUAGGAAUUCUGAAAGGCUUCAUUCUGCGUUAAUUGAUGCCUUAUGUAACCCCCUCACUGGUGAAUGCAGUGUUUCCUAUGAGGUUCCAUCCGAUGAGAAACCGCUUCUAGAGGAUAAAAUUGUUUCUGUCCUUGGAUGUAUUGUGGCCCUUGUGAACAGUGGGAGGCAGGAUGUUCUUUCUGGAAGAUCUUCAAUUGUGACUCCCUUCCGUUCAGCAGAGGUUGGCGAUAUGGAGGAUAUGCUCCCACCGCUUGCCCUUUUCAGGAGCGAGAUGAAGAGGUGUUGUGAGAGUUUGCAUGUUGCUCUUGAGAACUAUUUGAUUCCUGGCGAUGAUAGAAGCUUGGAUGUGUGGAGGAAACUUCAGAGACUGAAGAAUGUGUGCUAUGAUUCUGGAUUUCCUCGUGAAGAGGAUUAUCCAUGUCCUGUGCUAUUUGCGAAUUGGAGUCCUGUGUAUUUAUACACUUCAAAAGAGGACAUGGAGUCCAAAGAAUCUGAAGCAGCUUUUUGGACUGGCGGGCAGGUAAUGGAAGAAGGUCUAAAGUGGUUACUUGAUAAAGGAUAUAAGACUAUCAUAGAUCUCAGAGCAGAGGAUGUAAAAGAUAACUUCUAUCAAGCAGCUCUUCGUGAUGCUAUUGCAUCUGGAAGUAUUGAGUUGGUCAAAAUCCCUGUUAAAGCUAGCACUGCACCUACAAUGGAAGAGGUUGAGAGGUUUGCAUCUUAUGUUUCAGAUUGCAGCAAAAGACCAAUCUAUCUUCACAGCAAGGAAGGGGUUUGGAGAACAUCUGCCAUGGUUUCCAGAUGGAGGCAGUACAUGACUCGCUUUGCAUCACAAAUGGAUUAUACAAAUGGAUUUGGAAAACUGCAGGAUUCAAAGAUUGCUGAGGAAGCCUCUCUGCAAAAAGAUACUAAUUUCCUGCAAGAGGGUUUGGGUGCAACACAUGGUUCUGUUGGUUCAUUUGACUUGUGUACCUCUUCAGAGAAGAAUAAUGAAAGAAUGCAAGGUAAUGGGGGCUGGUUUAGUGAGCUUACUCCUAAUGACAGGGCUUCGCCGCAAGCCACUUCUGCUAAUAAAGAGGGAUCUUUUCCAAUUUUCUCCAGCAAAACUAGCCCUUUAGAUGCUCAAGUUCCUCCUUUUGAUAUCUUUUCCAAAAAAGAGAUGUCCAAAUUUUUGGGAACUAGGAAUAUCUCAAAACCCUCUCAUUUCAGUUAUCAGGAAUGCUUGCCAGAUUCAAGGAAUCCUGAACCUAAAACUGUGGGUCCUGCAAAAAGUUCCAAUGGGUCAGCUCACAUGAAUUAUCCAUCUGGAGUGCCCCAGGUCACAGUUGGUAGCAAUUGGAAGUUAGUGAAUGUGAAUACUUCUAGAUCUGUUAGCACAACAGUUAAUGGGAUUAGUGAAGGGGAUAUGUGUUACAGGACUGAUGCCAAUGUCUCUGCCACUGUGAACAAUGAUAUUGAUAAUGCCAAUACUAACUCUCAGAGGAUUGGAGACGAUAAAAAUGACUCUGGGUUAGCUUUACAUGAUGAAGACUUGGGGCUCAUCAAAGGAGACAUGUGUGCUUCAUCAACAGGGGUGGUAAGGGUGCAGUCAAGAAAGAAAGCAGAAAUGUUCUUAGUACGAACUGAUGGGUUUUCUUGUGCCAGAGAGAGGGUGAGUGAAUCCUCUUUGGCCUUUACUCAUCCUAGCACCCAACAACAGAUGCUUAUGUGGAAAUCUACACCAAAGACUGUGUUACUUCUGAAAAAGCCGGGGGAGCAGCUCAUGGAAGAAGCUAGAGAGGUUGCUUCUUUUCUGUAUUUCCAAGAGAAAAUGAACGUUUUCGUGGAACCUGAUGUGCACGAUAUAUUUGCUAGAAUUCCUGGGUUUGGAUUUGUUCAGACCUUCUAUAGUCAGGAUACUUGUGAUCUCCAUGAGAAAGUUGAUCUUGUAGCAUGUUUGGGAGGAGAUGGUGUUAUACUGCAUGCUUCAAAUCUAUUCAGAGGUGCUGUUCCCCCUGUUGUGUCAUUUAACCUUGGUUCCCUUGGUUUUCUGACUUCUCAUAAUUUCGAAGACUAUAAGAAGGACUUGCAACAAGUUAUCCAUGGUAAUAAUACACGAGAUGGAGUGUACAUCACUCUUAGAAUGCGUCUCCGAUGUGAAAUUUUUCGUAAGGGUAAAGCUGUACCAGGGAAAGUAUUUGAUAUUCUCAAUGAGGUUGUUGUUGAUCGGGGAUCUAAUCCAUACCUUUCAAAGAUCGAAUGUUAUGAACAUGGUAGACUUAUAACCAAGGUACAAGGUGAUGGAGUCAUUGUGGCCACCCCUACUGGAAGCACUGCCUAUUCUACAGCUGCUGGAGGUUCCAUGGUCCAUCCAAACGUUCCCUGCAUGCUGUUUACCCCAAUCUGUCCACAUUCGCUCUCAUUUAGACCAGUUAUACUUCCAGAUUCUGCUCAACUUGAAUUAAAGAUUCCAGAGAACGCAAGAAGCAACGCCUGGGUUUCAUUUGAUGGAAAGAGAAGGCAGCAACUUUCAAGAGGAGAUUCGGUUCGAAUAUCUAUGAGUCAGCGCCCGCUUCCAACAGUUAAUAAGUUUGACCAAACAGGUGAUUGGUUUCAUAGCUUGAUUCGCUGCCUAAAUUGGAAUGAAAGGCUUGAUCAGAAGGCCCUAUAAAGAACAUGAAAGGGAAGAACCGAGAUGCGUUAUUUUGCUGUACAGAUUAUACGUUAAGAAUGCAGAACUUUGCUGCAGUAUUAGUUACUACCAAAUUCUAACAUUGGCUUCCAUGCGAAGAUAGGGUUUACUAUUUCUUUUUUCUUUUUUCCAUUUUAUUGUAUAUUGACAUUUAAAGCUGCCAAUUGUUGAUCUCAGAAGCAGGUCAUUGGUGUAUCUCAAAGUUCACCACUGUCUGCCUGACUGAGCAUAGAUUUUUUCUUCUUCUCAUUAUUAUACUCUGUUGAAAUAGUAGCUGUCAUGGAUUUUGUAGUAGCUUAGAUACUACUAGUACCAUUUGGCUGCACAUAGCUAUAUUUUAACGUAAAUAAUACAGACAUAAGGUGCUAGACACUUCCCCGGUUCCAAUUCA